UGGUUACUUGGUUCUAAAGUUUGACCUAAUCUGAGUUGCUUCUCUCGCUGUUGCUGCGAGCAAUUGAACCCGAUUCCGAAUCUUUCCCGGGGCGCUGCCACGUCCAAUCGGUGUAAUUCCAGUUGAGGGUUUGAUGGGGGAGCUGUGGAACUAGGGUUUUCGAGUUGAAUAUACUAUGCUCUGCUGGGUUCAUUGCACACUUGCAGUAGCAGAGGAGUGCGUUUUUUUUGUUAUGUGCCGAACUCUAGCGCAGUUCGCAUGAUCAUCAAUUUAGUGACGAUAGAAACAUGCCGCCAUAUGCUGUGCAUUUUCCCCCACAACAAGAAUGGCGUGCUAGAAAAAUGUUUUGUGUGACUUUUAACUCCAAAAGGGAAAGGAGGAGUAAAAACUGUUGCUCUUUUUUUGUAGGGAGAAGAUAAAUUUGUUCCUCUGGUCUGGCGAGCAUUAAUCUUUCAGUUUCUAGUAGUGGGCUCUUGGAGAUUUGAGCUGAUUUCAAACAAUGUAGGUAAAGGUUGUAGGGUUCAUACGGUUUAUGGCUUGGUCCGUUAGAAAUAGAGCAUACCAAGCCACCAACGCUCUACCCGCUAACCCAGAGUUGUGUUGGGCACAUUAAUCUUCUAGACUUUGGGGUCAAUGUCAAAGUUUGUGAGUAGAACUUUAGAUUAUUUACAAAAUGUUGCUUGGAUCUGCUAGAAAGUAGAUCACACAAAGGUUCUGUCUGCUAACCAAGAGAUGUUUUUGGAUGCAUGCUCCACGUCCUUAUGUCUCUCCAGUUUUACUGUAUCAAUCUUGGGCUAUGUUACUGCUUCAUUCAUGUUCAACAAAGAAAUAGAGAGUUAGAGAUCCAUCUCCCAACUUUGUUACUACUCUGUUAUUACUUUGAUACUAUGUGGAACAAGAGAAUUAUGUUGUCAGUAUAGAAAUGUACACAAUCUUCAGUUUUCCAGUAUCGUAAAAAUUGUGAAAGAAAACCAGUUUUAAAACUCAUAGAGCCACUUAAGUUUCCUCGUUGUGAUACUUUGACAGUUCGACAGUAAGUACUAAGAAGUUCAAGAAAACUAAGAUAUAUGUUCCAUAAUAUGAGAAUAUUUAUUGUAAGUGUCUUCCAGGAUUGGUGGAGUUUAGCUUAUCAAUCUGUUUAUUAAUAUUUACGCAGUAUUGCAGUCAUGGCAUUAUGUGGUUGAAUAUAUAGAUGGAUAAUAGAUGAUCUAAUUUGAAAUGUGAUAAAUUGUUUUCAAUAAAUGGGUCUGCUUUUGGGAAAUGAAAAUCAAUUUUGUUUUGGUAGAUAUUCUGUUUCCGGGAACAGGGAUCGAUUAAGCCACAGUGUGAAUAUGCACUGUGCUUAGGCUAAGAUUCAACCUGAUGGAUUCUGAUGACAAGAAGUUUGGAAAAGGCCCUAGGGAGCUCACUGGUGCUGUUGAUUUAAUAAGCCACUAUAAAUUGCUUGCCCACCAUGAUUUCUUUUGCAAGAAGCCUUUGCCAUUGGCAAUAUCAGAUACACAUUAUCUUGACAAUGUUGUUGGGGACACUGAAAUUCGUAAAGGAGAAGGAAUGGAGCUAGAUCAGCUGGUUCAGAACGCAUACUUGAGGGACAAGCCUGCUUAUAUCCAGCCGUUUGACAUGGAAACACUGGGGCAAGCAUUUCAGCUUCGAGAAACGGCUCCAGUAGAUUUGCCCUCUGCUGAAAAGGGUAUACCGACUAUAUCUGGUAAACUGAAAAGUGAGUCCAAAGACAAAGAGAAGAAGCAUAAAAAGCACAAAGACAAAGACAGGGACAAAGACAAGGAGCAUAAGAAGCACAAACAUCGGCAUAAAGAUAGGAGUAAAGACAAAGACAAAGACAAGGAUAAGGACAAGAAAAAGGAUAAAAGUGGGCAUCAUGAUUCUGGUGGCGAUCAUUCAAAGAAACAUCAUGAGAAGAAAAGGAAGCAUGAGGGAAUGGAGGAUUCAGCCGAUGUGCAUAAGCACAAGAAAAGUAAGCACAAGAGUUCCAGAACAGAUGACACAGGGAAUGGACUUAGUUAGCUACACUUUCCUUAGUUCGAUUGUCAAUCCAUGUCAUAUGUCCUUAAAAAGGAGGCUCAGAAGGUUUCUGUCAUCAAAACCCACCGCAGUAGUGAUACCAUGAAUAUAUAUUUAGUUGAAGCUGUUUCAGAAGAACACGUCUUGCCUGCUAUUUAUGUUGGUUUUGCAGCGUCGAUCCUGGGGAACAUGUAACUCGUAAAAUAGGGACUAACCCACUUUAUUGUGCAAUUCUUUUGUUUCCUGGCCAAAUGGUUGUAGGAACACUUGUCGAUGACUCCCAACUUGAAAUUUCUGGAGAUUAGGCGUAGACUAUUUCAGAUCAGGUUUCUGGUUAGCAUUAACAGUGUUGGAUAGAUCUAGAAAUGCGUUUGUCGGAGGGGAAUGAGAAAUUAACUUGUAUUCAGAAAAAAAAACUAAUUCUUCUAUAUACUUCUAUCUGUUAUCAAGGAAGAUUGUUAAUUUUGCAGCCAUUGAGAAAUGCAAUGAUUUAUUUUGUA